UGUCUGCGGAUGACUGGAGGACUGCUGUGUCCAUCACCCGGUUGUGGGGCGGGGCUUGUCCCCUCUGACGGCGGCAGGAGGGUGGAGUGUGAGCGGCGUCUCGGCUGCGGUUUCGUGUUCUGCAGAGACUGCAGGGAUGCCUACCAUGAGGGGGCGUGUCCUGCCGAGUGUGCCCUGCCCACCGCCGCCGCCUCCCCUGGGUUCGUGGUGGACGAAGACACGUCUCGGAGGGGACGAUGGGACCACUCGUCCCUGCUGCUCCUGCAGGAGACGACCAAACGCUGUCCUCAGUGUUCUGUCCCCGUCGAGAGAAACGGCGGCUGUAUGCACAUGCAGUGUCCUCUGUGCAGAGCAGAGUGGUGUUGGCUCUGCAGAGUCUCCUGGAACACUGACUGUAUGGCAAACCACUGGUUCGGAUAAAACACUCGGAGACUCGGCAGAGACUCAGACAAAGACACGUUCCGCUCACAGACACUUGGGCAGCUGGAAAUCAAACCACCAACUGUAUCAGAUUGUGGAGUGGUUCUGUAU